UGGAGUCUGAUCAGUUAAAGCUACGUGUCGGAGUGGCGGCCGGGAAAAUUCCGCGCGAUUGCAGACAAUAGGAAAAAAGGACGGGGCAGGUCAGCCAUGAAGUUGCCGUUACGGCUUGUGGCAUCGAUUCUCCUAACGUCCGUGCACGCCAGCAGCGGCUGGCCUUAUCAUGAGAUAGUGGGCUCCGGACAAUCGACGGGGCCGCUGCACGUUGGACCAGUUUACGGUGUCGCACCUGCGACGGCCAGUCUACUGCCCACGAAACCAAUUGACGAACCAGAGAUCGUAAUCGCAGGACCUGUGGCGGACACCACGGUAGUCGAGGGACCAUCUUCAGGGCCUGUCACCGUCGUCCUCUCACCCGGAACACAUACCGACACCCUUCAGACUACACUCGCUAUACAAAAAAAGGUGGACGUUCCGUCAGAUGCGGUGCUGAUUAAGGGGCCCUCGGUAGGGCCUGUUACGUUAUUAGCACCGAUUGAUGCGGCGACAGCCGAAGCGGAAAGAAAGAAAAGCGCCGCCGCGUCAGUAACGGCGGAUGUCGCGAAAGAAUCAGCAGACAAGCUGUCGCUUGCCACAACAAACGGAGAGACGUCAGGCAUCGCGACGGGUAAUGCGGUAAUCGGACCAUCGAUAGGGCCUAUAGUCAUCGCUGGCCCAACCGCUCCCCCAAAUCCACCGGCUCUGACUGCGACACCCGAGCCAGUCACUGUUUCUAUCCCAAAGAGCGAUGCGUCUGCGAUUAUUGCAGAUGCAACAGAUUCGACGAGAAUCGAGAGUUCGGCGUCGAGCACUGGCUCGGUAACGAGUACCUCCGCGAGUACGACGGCCACGGCUAGGGUUAAUUUGAUUACACCUGCGGCUGCUGCGAUUGCGAGCAGCGGGACGGCGGCGUCGUUAAGUAACGUAGUCGUAUCAGCGCCGUCCGCCGUUCUCCCGGUUCCCGCGGGAACCGUUACCAGCGAAACCGUAUCCUCGUCGCUGCUCAAGUCGCCGUUCCAGCUGGAGUAACUCUUCCAGCAAUCUGGGCUAUAAAGAAGAUCUGCUAUCCUUGUAAUUGAAAAACCUUUUCCUAUUACGUUUACUAUUAUUCGCUCUUAAUAAAGUGUUUAUUUACUCUUCUCUUUA